AUGGCACAUUUAUGGACUGCCAACCAUCGAGGUGGUAGCGAUGGCGAGUUUGGCGUACGGCGGCGCGGUUUACCAACUGAGGGUGGGCUCAGGUUGUGCGGCACGCGGGAGAUCUGCGACGUGCUGGAGGACUACAGCGGCCGGCUGAGGGAGACGCUCUCCCGCUGCAAGGCGGACCAGGGAGCGCUGUACGACGCGUACCAGAAGUCCGGCCAGCUGGUGCGCGACAUGAAGGGCAAGCAGCAGCAGACGGAGGAGAGGAACAGGCAGCUGAUAGAGAGCCUCCAAGAGAAAGUGAACGCCAGCAACGAGCACCAGGCCCAGCUGCUGCAAUACUUAACUGCCGCAAAGCAGCGGGCGGAGGAGGAGCUGGCGGCGGUCCACCGCCAGAGCGACCAGAUCGCGACCACCAACGCCCAGCUCCGACGGGACCUCGACAGGCAAGCCGACAGCCUGGCGAGGAAAGAUGAAAUCAUAAUGAAUAUUCGUGAAGAAAUGAAGCGAGCUGUAGAAGAAUACAACCAUCAGUGCGCGGAAGCUCGGGAUACCAUUACUAAACUUGAAAACGAGGUAAGGGAGGCAAAGGAGGCCUACGCAACCGUCAAGGGUGAGUUGAGCGUUAAGGAGGAGCUGGCUAGGGUUGUCUGCGGGGAGCGUGAUGCCUUUAAAGCGAGGGUGGCAGCCCUUGAAGAAGCGCGCACACAGCUGACCGCUACCAGCGAAGCCCUAAAGCUGCAACUGACGGAGGCUUGCGCCGCCAAAGCUGCCAUCGAGCAAAACUUUGAAAGGAUAAUGGAAGAGAAUAAUCGCCUGGAAAAGGAAAUGUUCGAAUACAUUCAGCAAUUAACCAACGCCAAGCAGCAAGUUCAAGAGCUCCAGAUGCAACUGAGCAUGUUGGAGAAAGACAAAGUAGAAAUCGCAUCGGAACUGCGCGAGCUCUUAAAUGUGUCAAACGAAAAGACCAUCAAGAUAGACGAGCUGGUCGCCGAAGAGAAACUCCUGAAGGAGAAGAUAAAUGAAAUCGAGGAUGCCUUCAAACGUUACAGGGAAACCUCCGAUGAUAAAAUGAGCAAAAUGGCCACGGAACUGCAAGAGAAAGAGAAAGAGAUAGACUCUAAGGCGGACACGAUCAACCUGCUGAUGUCGGAAGUGAAGACUGGCACCGACGCCAGGUCUCGGCUGGAGGGGACCGUGCAGAAGCUGAAGAAGGAGAUAGAGGUGGAAAGGGACGCGGGGGCAGAGAGGGAGAGGAAGAUGGGGAAGCAGAUAGAGCAGUUGGAGGCUACAGUUAGAGAUAAAGAAGACGAGCUCUCCAAGCAAAUGUCUAUCAUACUGGACAUGAGAAAUGAGAAGGAGCGGCUACAGGAUAAGAUCCAGGGCAUGCAGCAGACCAUAGACAACAUCCAGAAGGAGCUGACGGGCCGCGCCCCGCCGCCCAGCUCCGACCCGCCGGAGAUGGACGACAACGCCGUCAUGCUUACGCCCUCGCACAAGAAAACGAACAAAUCACCCCAGCAAAUAAAGGCGCCCCCCUCUCCUAUGCUGCCGAAGAAGCCGGGGCUCGUCGACCCGAAGCAGCUGGACAGCAUGAUCUUCAGCCUGUUCAGCGACAGCAGCAUGGAGAGUGACGCUCUCGACGUGACUGAAGUGGAGCGUCGUUUCGCGGCCUUGUCCCGUGGGGAGCGAGUGCCGCCGACUUCCCUUGCCGCCUUGAAGCGACGCGCCCCGCUUCAGCCUAAACACACUCCACCAAUAUCACUCUCUCAAGUUAAGAAUGAUUUAAAGAAUAGAGAGCGAACAUUCUUCAAGCACAAGCGCAUAACGAUGGAUAGAGGUAAAAUGUCAUCAACGGGCCGUGGAGCCAAAAGUAAAGCCCCGCAGCACCCCCAAGAUAUUUUCGCUCUUGGUAGCAAGUCGACUGUGGUCGUGUCCAGAGAUUCAGAAAAAAGAAACAUUCAUAAGCCUUCUACAAGCGGUGUGGAACGCAAACGGGAAUCAUCAGCCUUUGGUAGCCAACCGCCAAGCAAGAGAUCCCGAAUAGGUUCUCCAGCUGAAACAGUUGGUGGAACUUCCCUGGAUGUGGAGCCAAUUGACUUAGUGCCCAAUGUUCUUCAGGCAUUGGAUACACAUAAUUCUGAUAAGCUGUUAGGGCUUUUAACUGGAUCUAUUCGCCUUCUCAAGUCCCAACGUUCAAAACCUGACAUUAUCCUGUGUAUGAGCAUGUUGUAUCUCACCAAAAUAAGGCCAAACAUGUUUGCACAUGAGACUGUGACACAAAGUCUUUGCACUUUGCUGAAAAGAGAACAGGGCGCAGCUUUUAAGAGCAAGGGCAAUCCACUUGUGUUUGUGUUGGCAUGUAACAUGCUGUAUGCUGGUCACAAAGACAGCACUAGUUGGCCAGACACUUUUAUAAAGGUGUAUAUAGAAGACGCACUUAAUGAGCGCUGGUGGGUUGACUGUUCCUGGUGCAAGUGCCUGGUUGAAAAUAUUGUGACUGCCUUUAGUACAAAGCAACCACCACCGCAUCUCAUACCUUCAGAUAAUACACUAGGCACAAUGUCACCAUCAGGGUCUGGAUCACCUCUCAUGGGCAGUACCGAUGAGGAUGCUGAUAACACUGAGCUUGAAUACUCUGUUUUUCCAAGAUACACAAGCAGUUAUGAGACAGUGGAAGCGCUAGUGUUGGAAGCAAUUAAGGAGCAGAUUCAACGCCGCACUGCACCAGAUACAAUCGGAAAAGGCUUCCUCAAGUUACUUUCAGCUACAUGCGGCUUUCCAGAGAUCCGGAUGAUAGCGGCGUCCCGCCUGGAGGCGUGGCUGCACUCGGGCAAGCUGUGGCGCGCCGCCCAAGAGCUGCUGGCCCACGUGUGCGCCAACGCUUCCGCUGCCGGGCCCAGCGCCGCCAGAGACCACGAGGUCCUCGCGCAGCUGGCCAGGAUGCGGCUCAAGACCAAGCCGCUACAGGUCGCCUACCAGUCCUGCCUCAGGGAGAUGGUGUCCGAGAGCCCGGCUCUGCUGCGCAGCGUGGUGACGCACACGAUCUACAACGAGCUGUCGAACGCGCGCUCGCCGAACAACAUGGCGGUGCUGGCGGCGCUGAUACACGCACAGCCGCAACUGGUGCCGGCCGCCAUCGCAGAGACUUACCAGGAGCUGCUGUUCCGCGCGGACGACUACCUGCGGCCGAUGCGCGCGAUGAUGCGCGAGUGCGUGCGCGCCGCGCGCUCCGAGACGCAGGCGCUGCUGCCGCUCGCCGCCGCGCUCGCCGCGCCCCCGCAGCACGACCCGCCCGCAGAGAUCCGCGAGCGCGCGUUCCAGUCGCUGGCGGACCUGUUCUGCUGCUGCUGCGCGGUGACGGCGGCGCACAGCAAGCACGCGCCCGACUACCGCGCGCAGCUGUGCGCGCUGCAGCAGCACGCGCUCGGCUGGCUGCUCGACACCGCCGUGCCGGUCUACCGCCCCGCCAGGCACGACUUCCAGCACGCGCUCAACAAGAUAAUGUUCGUGGAGCCGGCGGAGGCGUACAGCAAAGCGGACAACUGGCCACCGGAAUCCGAGCGAGCGCUCACCUACAGGCUGUGCUGCGAAGCGCCCCUGCCUCAGAACACUCUGCUACGCCUCAUCUUCAUUGGCCUCUCAAAGGAGAUCCCGGUGUCGCCGGCGGAGGUGUUCGAGCUGGUGGAGCAGCUGGUGCGGCGCGCGUGCGCCCUGCCCGCCGAGGAGCUGCCCCUGCAAGUGGACAAGCUGGAGAUCGCAGACUACAUAUUCCAGCUGUGCCAGUUCCAUCCGCCGGACAACAUCACGCUGCCAGCGGGGUACAGCCCGCCGGCGCUGGCCAUCACGUCGCUGUACUGGCGCGGCUGGAUGCUGCUCACGAUGCUGGCGGCCCACAACCCGCAGGGCUUCGCCGAGCGCGCCGCCGCCACCUACCCCACGCUCAGGGCCCUCAUCGAGAUGUGCAUCACCGGCAAACCGAGCAUAGAGUGGAACGCCAACUCUGCCGCGGAAACGGAGCGCGCGGAGGCCGAGCGUGCAACAAUUCUGCAGCUCGAGACCCACUUGGCAACGGCCAGUAACGCCAAACUGCCAAUUACGGAGCACAGCUCCAGGUUGCUUAGUCAGCUGACGGUGUUGGAGCCAUUGGGACCAGCAAGGCGGCCGCCGAGCGGGGUGGCGGACGCGCUAGCCGCGCUGAGCACCCAGCUGCGUCUCGGCCGGCUGCUGUGCCGGCAGCCCGCCCUGCUGCUGCAGCUGGUGGAGCGCCACGGGACGCGGCGCGCGAUGCCCUGGCUCCAUCAGCUGCUGCGGCACGACCAGCUCGAGCUCAGCGUGCUGCCGGUGCAGUGCCUGUGCGAGUUUCUAUCGGCGGGCGGUGCGGGCGGUGCGGGGGGCGGGGGCGGUGCGGGGGGCGAGGCGGGCAAGGCGGGCGAGCUGUGCGCGCACCUGCGCCGCACGCUGGCCAGCGAGGAGGGCGCCCGCGCCGUGCUGCAGUACUACAUGCAGCGGCUCUCGCACGCGCACGCGCCCACGCGCGCCGCCGCCAACAGGGGUCUUAAAUUAGUGCUCUCGCAAACCGAGGACACCGCCGAGAUGGACUACAACGCGGAUGUCAGUCCAGACGAGUGGCUGGGGCUGCUGUGGUCGCUGCGCCACUGGGAGGCGGUGCGGGGCGAGGCGGUGGCGCGCGUGCGGGCCGCCUGCCUGGUGGAGUGCGCGCCGCGCCACCUGGCCGCCUACCUCGCCUUCCUCGCCGACCACGUGGCCGCCACGCCCGACCACGACCACACGGACCUCGUGCUGGACCUGAGCCACGUGCUGAUGGAGCGCACGACGGUGACCGGCUGCGUGCUGCCGCAGGUGGGGUCCAGGGAGGCGCCGCGGGACGAGCGCCACUUGGCGCAACACCGCGCCCUCUACUCGUUCACGCGCAUCCUGCACGCCCAUCUGCGACAAGUGAUCCGCACGGGCGUGGAGGAGGACGAGGAGGAGGAUCCCGAGGCGUGGGGCGGCGCCGAGCGGGUGCUGCUGCAGUGGUCCGGUGGCCGCAGGGCCAAGGUGCACGUGGUUCUGAUGCACGCGCAUCUCAAACUGCUCUGCUACGGCCCCUCGAUAUACGACACGAACCAGGAGAUGUACUCGUGGCUGCAGUCGAUGUGGGUAGGGGGCGAGGCGAGCGCGUGGGGCGAGGGGGGCGAGGCGCUGCUGCCCGACUGGCUGCGGCUGCACCUGGUGCGCUCCGCCCGACCGCCCCUGUUGGAGGCCGGCCUCCGGGCGCUGCCCGCCCACAAGCUGGCGCUCUUCAUACAGACCUUCGGGAUGCCGGUGCCCUCCAUGAGCGCGCUGCUGUCCGCGCUGGACGCGUGCCCCGCCGGCGCGGUGGUGCGUCUGGGCGUGGAGCGCGCGUACAUGGCGCAGCUGCUGACGGUGCAGCGGGCGCGCGGCGCCACGGGCGGCGCGGCCUUCGCGGCGGCGCUGCACCUGCAGCAGCCGCAGCUGCCGCCAGACGACACGCUGUUCGCGGAGGAGCCCCUGCCCGAGGAGGGCCCCUCGGCCUGGGACACGGUGAGCGCCGUGCCGCGGCUGGAGCCCGACCACGUGCUCGGCCUGCUCUCGGCCGUCUUCGACGCGGACGACUGCCGCUUCGACGUCGACACCGCCUGCACGCAGCUCUACGCCCUGAUAGCGGAGGAGGGCGGGCGCGGCGAGGAGGGUCCGUACACGCGCGCCGCCUGCACCUUGUUGCGCAGCGUGGCGCCGCACGCGUUGCUGCGCAGGCCCGCGCACGCUGCGGCGCUGCUGCGCACGCUGCACGCCGCCAGGGCGCGCGCCCUGCCUGAGAUCGCGCGCGCCCUGGUGUCGGGUGGCAAGUGGCUGACGGGCCCCGUGGGCGAGCUGGUGCUCGCGGCGGCGGGCGGCGCCUGCGACACGCCGCCCGCGCCCUCUCUGCCGCCGGCUGCCACAAGGGACCAACUUAUCGCCGCCCUCGAGGCCACUUCCCCAAGCAGCCUGGAGGCCGUGGGCAACCACAUCAUCGAGACACAGGACACCCAGCUGGUGGUGGAAGUCAUCUCGAUCCUCUUGGAGAAGAGCCAGGACGGUCAUUACGAAACGAAGGUGAAAUGCGAGAGCGAGAUAGAGGAGGAGGCGUCGGCGCACGUGUUCUCGCGCCGCGGCCUCGGCUGCGGCCUUCUGCUGGACUGGCUCUCCGAGCUGCAGCGGGAGACGCUCGGCAGGCAGAUGCAGCUGAUGUUCGUGGCGGGUGGCGCUCCGUGGCGCCCCCUACUGGUGACUUUGCUGGCACAUCGAGCCUCCUGGCGAACUCUGCACUCCUGCCUCACAGCACUGCUUCAGCCCAACAAGGGCUGGUCGGCGAGCGCGGUGCUGGACUUCGCGGAGACGCUGGCCGGCAGCCCGCGCGUGUGGCAGGGCCGCGACCGCGCCACGCCCAAGCACUACGAGCCGGAGGACACGCUCAGCCUCUCCCACGGACAGCUGGAGGUGCUGAUCGGCUACAUGGGGGCGGAGGGGGCCGGCUGCGGGGACGCGGAGGGGGCGAGGCGGCGCGCCGAGGCGCGGCUGCCGCUGCUGCUGCGCUGCUGCGGCGCCCCGCACGCGCUGCUGGCGGCGGCGCUCGCCGCUGCGGAGAGGCACCCGCUGCUGCUGCUGCUGCUCUACAUGAAGGUGCCGAAGGUUGUGCGGCUGGUGCGCGAGUGCGGCGAGCGCGAGGCGUGCGGCGGGGCGGGGGCGGUGGCGGCGGCGGAGAGGGCGGUGGGGCGCGAGCUGGCGCGGGCGGCGCGCGCCUCCACCAGCGCCACGGACCGCGUGUCGCACGCGCUGCUCACGGCGCUGGCGGCCACGCACGCCCACUCCAAGGACCUCACGCAGAGGGCGUGGCGCAUCUCGUCGCUGGCGCGCGCGCUGUGGUCGCGCGUGGGCGGCGCGGGGGCGCGCGCGCUGCCGCUGUGCGGGGCGCUGGUGCGGGGGCUGCGCGCGGAGGGCGCCCGCCACGCGCCCCACGCGCACCUGCUGGCAGCGCUGGAGGUGCUGCCCGACGACGAGCUGCUCGCCGACGCCGCCAGCGAGGAGUUACACGAGAUCCUGGAGUGCUUCCUGCAGAUAAUGCGGCAGACUGCGGGCGGCGGGGGGCGGGGCGGCGACGGCGGCUCGCUCUCGCAGCGCGUAGCGGCCCUGCUACGGCGCUACGCGGCCGCCCGGCCCCAGAGGGCGGCGGCGCUCAUGCACGCGCACAGGGACACCAUCGCCUCGCUGCCUGCGUUGGCGAGCGUGAGCGCUGGCGACACUAGCGCCCCCGCCUCCGCCACCCCUCCCCCGCAUGCGCUGCUCGCCCUGCAGCGGCGCAUCGCCCCGCCCGACGAGCUCACCGCCCACCUCCAGGAGGUGGAGGCGUGGGGCGUGAGGAGGGGCGGCGCGUGGGGCGGGCGGGGCUCCGCGGCGACGCUGCUCCGCGCCAUCGCGCCGCUGGCGGCCGCGCCCCACGCGCCCCUGCGCACCGCCGCGCUCUCGCUGCUCGCCAAGCUGCUGCCCGCCGCGCCGGACCCCGCGCCAGGUCUCCAAGCGAUCAUGGAGUGCCUCGACUCCAACCAACCGGAGGUGGCGCAGUCGGCGCUUGACAAGAUGGCGGAGCUCAUAGUGGGCGUGCAAGAACACGCUGGCCGCAUACUCGCGCGAGUAUUCGAGCUGGGGCUCCGGUCCCGCCUCCCGGCAGAGCUCUGCAUCGCUCGCUGCGUCGCCGCGAUAAAUCUACAACGUGGUUGC